UAUAAUAGUAAGAAAUUUUGAUAAAUGGAGAAACUAAACAGAAGUGCAAUAAGUAAGCAGAAGAAGUAUCAUGGAGAAGAAAAGAACAUUAAGAGUGAAGAUAUCAUUACUGUUGAGACAGGCAGUAGUUUUCAGGAUGAGAGUCAAAGUCAUCAGGAUACAGAUUCUAAAAGUAUAUCUCCUAAUAAAGACUCGGGUAAAGUGAAAAAGUCAAAGAAGAAUUUUCAUCUUGUGUUCAAGAAUAAAUUACUUUUUCACAAGUUGAAGAAGAAACUGAAAGGAAUGCCUGGAACUCGGAAUAAUAAUAUCUCCUUUCAGACUAAUGAUUUUCCUGAAUAUUCAACCAAGAAGACUGUCAAGUUAAAAUUCUCAGAGGAGACUAUCAGCAGCUCUAGGAAGAUAUUCAAGAGGAAGAUAGAGAUACAACAAUCUCCUAGGGAGGAGCCUUUGGCUAACCUCUCUAUUAACCAGGGCUAUCUCUCUGCAAGGAAAAUGAUCAAGCUUCCUCAGUUAGACAAAGUAACUAUAGAUCUUUCGCAAAUUCCAAACAUCAAUGGAUUCUCUCCAAGGAAUAUCAGGCAAGCGACAAGAUCUCAGAAGAGAAGAAGGAAAGAGCAAACAGAAUCUGUGAAUAUUGAAACUCCUAACACCAGCAGAAGCUUAUUCAAUGUGUUUCAAUCGUCAAAGAGAAGCCGAGGUGCCUCUUUUGAACAGCAUAAUCAUAGCUUUGUGAGCCAUCUGGAUAGAAGAUUUGAUAAACUAAAAGGGUAUGCGGCAAAGCUGCAUACUCCUUCACUGACUCCUUCUCAAGCUCAACAACUAAAAGAAUGGGGCAAGAUGCUGAAAAAGGAAGCAAAGGAGAAGAGACGCAACUCUAAGAACUCGAAUCAUAUUAAUAACACCAGGAAUCUCCCAUCUGUUGAUCUUUCUAGUCUCAGGACAAAGAGUUUUAGAAACCAAAACAAUAGAUCAAAACUGGAGGAUUAUAAGCAAGCUAAACCGAUUGAUUAUGAAGAUCUAUCAGCCAGAUCUCCAAGGGAGAUCAUGAAGUUAUCGUCUCGGAAGAGAUUAGUUCUUCCAAGCGUCAGUGGAGAUAACAUAAUGCGUUCAACUGGUUCUUUCCGACAAAGUGGCUCAUUUCGGAGAGAGAAUAAAUCUGGGAUGAAGACUCCAGGUCAGAACAUUCGUCUUAAAAAUACCAAGGAAGAGCCUGAGCCAGAGAUUUCCACAAAGGAUUUUAACCUUUUUGAGGCAGUUAAUAAGGCAAACAGUAACUCAGAUGAUUCAAAGCAACAAAAGGAUUAUCAGCUAAUCAAUCAAUUUAUUCAGAAACUUAUUCAGGAGAAGCUAGGAUUAGAGAAAGUUGAAGAUAAAUUGGCUAAAAUUCUUGACUCUAUUUCUACAACCAUGACCACAAAAGUGGUCUUCAAAGACGAUCCCUUGUUUUCCAAGAAUGGUGAUAUCUCAGGAGUUUACCUUCUUCUUGACGGCAAGAUUGGGAUAAAUAGGCCUAACUCUUCGACUAAAAAUUCUAAGAAGGCUAGCCCUGCCAAGACCAAAGAUUCUGCUUCGCAGGAAAAAUCUCAAGUUAUUCAGGAUAAGUAUACUUUUGUCUGAGAAAUGGAAGUAUUGAAAGGUGGUAAAUAUAAGCAAACAGCUGUUGGAUUACAAUUUCCCUUCUCAAGAUUUGUACAUAUCCCAAGGAAGCAUUACCAAAGCAUGCUUGCCCAGAUCUGGGCUAGUAGCCCACAUCUAAAGGGAAAAUGAAUCUCUGGAAAAUCUGCCUUAACAUAAGUAUUUACCUG